AUGGUUUCGGAAUACACGUUAAAUUUACUAAAAAAUGGGAAAGUUCUUCCCAGAGAAAUCGCCGAUCCGAUUACGAUCAAGUUUAUGGGAUAUCUCAUGUUCUUGAUUUCCAUUAUUGGAAUCGCUGUGAAUUUUAAAGUCUUGCAAAGCUUUUGUAAACAGAAAAUGAGCAGUUUUUAUAUUAUGUGCUCUUCAAAAACUCUCUCUAAUAUGGUUAUAAUCCUCGGGUAUCUAUUGCAUAAUGCUCCAAUUACUGUAAUUGAAAAUUUCACCGGGCCAACAUUUUUCAACAUGCUUGUAAACCAAAUGGUCAGUUAUGGAAUCUACCUUUUGGGUCCGAUUACUCAGUUCAUGAUAUCUAUUAAUCGAUUAAUGGUGAUGGUAUUUGUGAAACAGGCAAUGACUCAGAACAAUCAGAAAAUUACUGUAGUUAUUUUAGUGAUGUUUUGGUUAGCAGCGAUUGCUAUCACAUCAAUGGGGGUCAUAGAUAAUUGUAAUGUGAUCUAUAAUCCUGAACUGCUGAAUUGGUGGAGUGGUGGUUGUGAUGAUGAUAUUGGAGAGGCCGCCAUGGGAUUUGUGAUUAUCUGUGCGAUCCUUUCCAACGUAUGUAAUCUAAUUGUCCUUAUAAAAUUGGUUAUGUCUGUGAACAAAAAGCACAUGCAUUCUGAAACAAUUCGACGUCGUCAGGCGAAAUCGAAAAAGUUGUUCAUUCAAAGUUGUAUACAGGAUUGGAUAUUUGCUAUUGAUAGUGUCAAUAGCACAUAUAUCGAUUUGUUGAACGAUGGAAUUGUGUUUAGGUUUAUUUUCGAUAUUUUUUCGAAUUUGAUGACUCCUGUGUUAGAUGGAAACGAGUACUACUUCGUAGUUAUUCUUCAAGCUCAGAACGAUUUUGGACGUGACGUCACUGUUCUUUGCUCUUUUGUAUCCCCCGCAACUGUAAGAAUGCAAUAA